UCCAGGACAGGGCUUCUAGGUCCGACAGCACUUGGACGCAGCAUUAAAGCGACACUGCUACCAAUCUGGAUACAGUUCAAAUUGAUCCAGAAGGACGCACAGAGAGCGAGGGGCGGCCAUGUUUGAAAAUGUCCCCACAGCGUCCUCGGCCGAGCGCCAGCAGGUCCUGGGAGCUCUGGAGCGUCUGCGGGCCAAGCUGGUCCAGAGGGAGGAUUGGACCCACAGCGAGACGCUGGGAAACCUGAGCGAAACCUUGCAGAGUCCGCUGUUCAGCCACAUCCUGACCCUGCAGCACUCCAUCCAACAGCUGCGCAGCCAGCUGAGCAGCAUGCCGCCCGACGCCAACAGUGACUUCAGUUUCUCCAAAAAGGGUCAGCUGAUCAUGACUACGGUCAACCCAGCAAGCAGCUCGGCCCCGCCCACCCUGUCCUCCCCGCUGACCAACGGCUCGUCUCAGCCCUUGUCUGAUCCCGUCCUGCAGAAGUGGAUCCUAGCCGCCGCCAAGGGCCGUCACACAGAGCUGUGUCAGCUGACUCGGCCUCUGUCCGGAGGUCUGGGCUUCAGUGUGGUCGGCCUGAAUCCCGCAGGAAGCAGCAGUCAGGACGUCUUCGUAAAACACAUCCAGCCUGGAGGCAUCGCGCACAGGGACGGGCGUCUCCAGGAGCGGGACCAAAUCCUGGUGAUUAACGGCGUUCCUCUGGAGCCGGGGAUCAGCCAGCAGCAGGCGCUGGCCCUCCUGCAGCAGCUGGGGGAGACGGUGGAGAUGGUGGUGGCCAGGGAGCACCCCGGCAACGCGCCGCUGUCACCCGCCUUCGUCGGCGCGGAGCAGUGGGGUCACGUGGAGGAAAUCGAGCUGGUGAACGAUGGCUCUGGUUUGGGCUUUGGCAUUGUGGGAGGGAGGACGGCCGGAGUGGUGGUCAGGACGCUCAUCCCACACAGCGUGGCAGACAAGGACGGGCGUCUCCGGACAGGUGACCACAUCCUUCGCAUCGGGGCGACGCCCACCAGCGGCCUCACCAGCGACCAGGUUGUCAAGGUGCUGCAGGGGUGCGGGAGCCAGGUGACGUUACUGAUCGCCAGGGACCCCCGGGGUCAAACUUCAACAGCCCCGCCUCCCCCACCACCUCCUGACUCGGCCCCCGUCUCCUCCUUACCGCCCCGCCUUCCGGUUCUACCCCCGCAAAGCCACAUAAGCAAAACGCCCAACCUGGAGGGAUAUGAAAUUCACGAGGUUCCUCUAAGCAAGAACGAUGGUCAGAGCCUCGGCAUUUCCAUUGUUGGAUACAACCCCCUGACCAGCCAAGAUGCCGUGGGUGUGUUUGUGAAACACGUGGUUCCAGGCAGCGCUGCAGAUCACAGCGGGAACAUCCGGGUUCACGACCGACUGCUCGCUUUGGACGGCGUCAGUCUCCACGGUCUGUCCAAUCAGGAGGUUAUGGACGUGAUGAGGCAGACGGGUCGGACUGUCGUUCUCAGUGUGGUCCGGAAGAAAGCCAGAACCACGGAGAAGUCGCUGGAUAAAGAUGCAGAACAAAGGGCUAAAUGGGAGCAGGCGCUGGGACCAAAGUACCAAGUUCUGGUGGUAAAGUUGGAUCCUUUCAUUGAAGACGAUGCAGAGCUGCAAAAGUCCUCCAAGCUGCUGCCCAUCCACACUGUGCGUCUUGGUGUCGAGCUGGACUCGUUCGAUGGUCACCACUACAUUUCCUCUGUGGUGCCUGGAGGCCCCGUGGACCAACAUGGAGUCUUGAGACCAGAGGACGAGCUCCUGGAGGUGAACGAUGUGCAGCUGUACGGCAAGUCCCGUCGAGAGGUGCUGUCGUUUCUCAAAGAGGUGCCUCCUCCGUUCACUUUGGUCUGCUGCCGACACCCGACCUCUGACCUGGAACCAGAAUCUGAAUCUGAACAUGACCCUGUUCUACGACCUGGACUUGGACCAGAACCAUUAGGACGGUCACAACCCAGUGUGGAGGAGAUGGAGCUGACGCUGUCGUCGAUGCUCUGCAGACAGACGGAACUGAGAGAGAGCGUGAUGGAGCGGCAGCAGGAGGAGCAGGCAUCCCCUGUAGAGAUGGUGCUGGUGAAGGAUCAACACAACCAUGAGGAAGAAGAGGACAGGGAGGAGCAGGCUGAAGAUGAUGAAGAGCUGGCUCAGUGGUCUCCAGACGUUCAGAUCCUUGAUCUCCAGAAGGAGAGAGACAAAGGCCUCGGCUUCAGCAUCCUCGAUUACCAGGACCCACUGGAUCCGGGCCGCUGCGUGAUGGUGAUCCGGUCUCUGGUCCCGGGCGGCUCAGCGGAGCGCCGCGGCGGCCUUUUCCCCGGGGACCAGCUGGUGUCAGUCAACCGCACCCAGCUGGACACGCUCACCCUGGACCAGGCCCUGGAGGUCCUGAAGUCCGCCCCGCCCGGCACCGUCCGCCUGGGCGUCCGCAAGCCUCUGGUUGGGGUGGAGGAGCCACAGAGGGUCGGCCAGGUGUCUCUCAACAACACACAGCUGCCCGUACCAAAGGGUUUCGGUGACGGCUCCAUCCUGCCAGAAGACCUUCGUCUUGAGGAGGAAGGGGAAGAGGAGGAGCCAGAGCUCAUCCUGGACGGAGGUCUGCCUCGCUACUCCUCCUCCUCUUUGGCCUCUAACCUCCUGCCUGUGGAGGAAGGCAGGGAGAUGGCCGUGGACGAGGAUUUGGAAGAAAGGAAGGAGGAGUGGGAAGUGGAGGAGAGCGUGGGCUCCCUCUCCAAGAGACCACCACCUUCUUGGGAGGAGUGGAAGCUCACCUCCAGCCUGUUUAGUGGAGCCGAGGAGACUUGUAGCAAAGAGAAGCAGGGGGAGCUCAGCAAGAGCAAAGAAGAAGAGCAGCAGAGAUUAGACCAUGAAAGCAUCAUGGCCAUAGGAAACUUGAUUAUUGACACCAGAGACAGUGAAGCGGAUUCUGAACUCACGCUAACAGACACUGACACAGAGUCCGUCAGGACGAUUACCACAGGGAGGAGGAAGAGGCGGAGCCAAGGAGGAGCCUCUCUACCAAUCAGAGGAGGUGAUGGAGAUCUUCCUGAAAGAGAGGAGGGCGAGGGGGAGGAGACGCCGGCCUUCAGUCACUGGGGGCCCCCCCGAAGGGUGGAGGUGUGGCCUGAGGAAGGCCAGUCUUUGGGUUUGAGCAUUGUGGGAGGCCGUCAUGUCAUCAAGCGUCUGAGGAACGGAGAGGAGCUGAAGGGAAUCUUCAUCAAGCAGGUCUUAAAGGGCAGCCCCGCUGCCAAAACUCAGUGCCUGAAGACCGGAGACAAGAUCCUGGAGGUGUCAGGCGUUGACCUACGACUGGCCAGUCACGAGGAAGCAGUCAAUGCCAUCAAAUUGGCCCCGAGCCCCGUUGUCUUCAUUGUCCAGAGCCUGUCGGCGACUCCGCGGCCUGUGUCUCUAACCGCUUCCAGCUACAAUAAACACAAAGCAAAGAGGACAGAGUCUCCGACGCAGGGUGCAGCCCCCACUCCGAGACAACCUCCCCCGUACAGACCGCCCAGCCAAUCAGAACAAGGGACGAAUUUGGAGCUGGAGAUGGCCAGAGAGCGUUGGUGUGAGCGUUAUGGUGACCUCAAGGGGGAGCUGCUGUGCGUGGAGCUGGAGAAGGAGCGGCAGGGUUUGGGUCUCAGCCUGGCGGGAAACCGCGAUCGUUCCCGCCUCAGCAUCUUCGUGGUGGGACUCAACCCAGGAGGGCCUGCGGCUCGAGAUGGACGCAUCCAAGUCGGAGAUGAGCUGCUAGAGAUUAACAACCAGAUUCUUUAUGGGCGGAGUCACCAAAAUGCCUCGGCCAUCAUUAAGAGCGCCGUCCCCAAGGUGAAACUCAUCCUGCUCAGAAAUAUGGAUGCCAUCAACCAGAUGGCUGUUCCGCCCUUUGCAUCUCCCCCUCCUCCCCCCGUCCUCGGGCCCGUCAGCCCUGAGGUCGUCUGUGAGGCUCCUCCGUGCGCCUCCGUCCCCACAGACGGGCCCCGCCCCCCCGACAGUCUGACCCUCCACCCGUCAUCUGACCCACUGGACGAUAAGAGCGAGGAAGCCCAACAGAACCACAGGAACAGGAACAGAAGUAGCAGUAACAACAGCGUCCCCAAGGGUCCGACGGAGAACAGCUGCACGAAGAGGCUGAAAGAGACUCCAGAAAAUGAGCUUCAGGCUCCAAAGACAUUGAUGGAGCAGCAGUCCUGCAGGGCUUCUAACAGUUCCAGUAAAAAGGCUGCAGCGUCUCCUCCACUGAUAAGCCCCGAUAUCCAAGCUGACAAUAGAGACCCAUCCUGCUGUGUGGUGGUCCCUGGUCAGGAGAUGCUGCUGGAGAUCUGUAAAGGUCGAUCAGGACUCGGACUCAGCAUCGUGGGAGGAAGAGACACACAGCUGGACGCCAUAGUGAUCCAUGAGGUCUACGAGGAAGGAGCAGCAGCCAGAGAUGGACGACUGUGGGCAGGAGACCAGAUACUUGAGGUGAACGGAGUGGACCUGCGCGGGGCGUCCCACGAGGAGGCCAUCGCCGCCCUGCGCCACACGCCGGGGACGGUCCGUCUGACGGUGCUGAGGGACGAGGCUCAGUACAGAGACGAGGAGAACCUGGACCUCGUUAAGGUGGAGCUGCAGAAGCGCAGCGGCAGAGGGCUGGGACUCAGCAUCGUCGGGAAGAGGAGUGGCAGCGGUGUGUUCAUCUCAGAGGUGGUCAGAGGGGGCGCCGCUGAGCUGGACGGUCGUCUGAUGCAGGGUGAUCAGAUCUUGUCGGUCAACGGAGACGACAUGAAACACGCCUCCCAGGAAACUGUCGCCGCCAUUCUGAAGUGUGCUCGAGGUCCAGUCUUGUUGGAACUCGGGCGACUCAAAGCUGCCUCGUGGAUCUCCUCCAGACGCAACUCCCAAGGAAGCCAGAUGAGUGGGAGCAGCUCAGGUGUAGCGGCUCCGCCCCCCACCAACCCCUCAGCAUCAUGUAACCUUGUGACUCCUGAACCCACGGAGUCAACCUUCGCCGGGCCACCGUCCCUCAACAACAGCACAAAGUCCACCUGUGACAUCACUUCCUGCUCUAACAGCUCAGGAGCAGAUGCUGGCCUCCGCACUGUGGAGAUCACAAGGAGUGUCAGCGACUCCCUCGGCGUGAGUAUAGCAGGGGGGAAGGGCAGCCCGCUGGGGGACAUCCCCAUCUUCAUUGCUAUGAUUCAGGCCAACGGGGUUGCGGCGAAGACACACCGGCUCAAGGUGGGCGACAGGAUCGUCAGUAUUAACAGUCAGUCUGUGGACGGUCUGUCGCACAGCGACGUCGUCGGCGUGCUGAAGGGCAGCUACGGAAACAUCAGCCUGCAGGUGGUAGCAGACACCAACAUCGGCGCCAUAGCCACUCAGGUGGAAUGUUUGUUCAGCAGCUCCAGUGUGUCGGGAACCACCGAGACACACAAAGCAGAGUCAGAGGGUCCCCAGCCCCGCAGCAUCAGUCUGGAGAAAGGCUCGGAGGGACUCGGCUUCAGCAUCGUCGGAGGAUUCGGCAGUCCUCACGGAGACCUGCCCAUUUACGUCAAGACCGUCUUCAGCAAGGGCGCAGCGGCGGUGGAUGGCCGCCUGAAGCGGGGCGACCAGAUCCUGUCUGUGAACGGAGAGAGUCUGCAGGGAGCGACACACGAGCAGGCGGUCGCCAUCCUGAAGAAACAGAGAGGAAGCGUCACGCUGGACGUCCUGUCAUAAAACACACACACACACACACACGCAAAAUUUGCAUGCAGACACGCAGGCAUAUGAAAACUUGACUUCCUUCAUGCACUCGGACUUUGGAUCGUGAACUCUGAACAUUCCAACAUGUUAAAAAAGAAAAAAGACACAGCUUCAGGCGGUGCAUCCUGCGUGUGCACACAGACACACAUGUCUUACAUAAAAAAAUGAAAUAGAACUAGAGUUUUUCAACCGUAGUGUGGGGCCACAGGGGGGGGUCACUUGAUACAUACAGAUGUGGUCAUGACAAACAUCUGAUGAAUGGAUUUGUUGGGGUGUGAUCAUGGCAUUAGGUUGAGAAACUCCACUGUAACUAUAAACACUAUUGAAUGAGAAAAUUAGUCUCAAAACAAAUAACUAUCAAUAUGGAGUGAUGGUGGAGUGGCUUUGUUGCCGGCAUAGUUAAUGCGUUCAGACACACACACAACAGACGGGUUUGUUUUCUUGAUCUUAAUCCAGAGGAACAAGAGGGCCGUGUUUGUCAAACAAUGUGUUCUCCAACAUCUUAGCAUCGUCUCUCUGGUGAAAGAGGAGCCGUUAGACACCGAGUAGCAGGUCAUUCUGAUUGUGGAAAGCACAGGAGAGGACAGUGUGUAAACUGUAACACUUCUGUUCAGGUUCAACAAAUUGGCAGGACUGUGCAUUUUCAAACAAGUAACAGUUGGAUUUUGUAAAACAAAUGGGAAAUUUAGUAUUAAUUAAGUUAAACAACCAAACUUCAAAUAUUGUUCCUGACUUCCAUAUAUACAAAAAGUGCAUGGCAUAUUUGGGUAUAUCUUCUCAUUUCUGUAUGACAAAUUACACACAUUCAUGGUUUAUUCGUAUGGUUUCUUGUUUUCAGUAUUUAGUGGUGUUUCUUUCUUAACUUAUAAAAUUUGCAGAAAUAGGAUUAAACCAUGUAAAACAAUGACGCCAACUGAAAUCUGGUCAUUGUUUUAAUCAGUUGAAGCGUAUUUUGGGCUUUAACGUUGCGGGCUGUACUAGGACAUGUAGACAGGUUCCCGAAUUAGAAUCAAAAACGUAUAAUAAUUGCCAGCAAUGAACCGUACUUCAAAUUAUGAAUCCAUAAUAGAAGUUCCGUCAUAAUAGAAAGAGUUGGUUGUUGAAACAUUUUACACAAUGUACACAAACCCUUUCUGAGGUCUUUCACCACAUUUCAUUUAAAGUAGGAAAGUCUGGUAAAGUUUCUCAUUUAGUUAGCGAUCUUAUAUAAAGUUUCAUCAUUCAACACGAACAUUUUCAAGUUUGAAUAACCUACGCACACAUUUCUCUCCAUAUUGACAAUGUUAAUUACUCAUGUGUCUCCAUGGAGAUGAAUCUCAGGGCCUGGUGGUCUUGGAGACCCCGUGUCGCCACCGGCAACAGAUAGUGUCUUCCACAUGAUUUCAAUCAUGGAGAGAAAAUCUGAAAAUUGUGUCUACAUGGGGAAAAGGUUUUCUAGAAGGAGGCGUGAAUAAGAGCAACAAACUGACAUUUUGUAAAACUAUUGUUCUCAAACAGACCCAAAGGUUUCAGAUAACAGUUCAGUCUCUUCAGGAGAAGGUUUUUAAAAGGGUUGAAAACAACUUUAAAGACACAUCUUUACAUAUAUUCACCUAAAUUAAAAAAUUAAGGUAUUUUUAAUCUGGAAAAUAACAGAUGUUAAGAACUUCUUUUCUGCAGGGGCCUCAUUGUGAGAGAUUGGUAAAAAUACUUUUGAAGAUACUAUGCUGAUGCUAGAUGCUAAAGAACAACGGUGGGGAUCUUAACAUCACUGACCAAGGGAAAUGCACAUUAAACAUUUGACUGAUUGUGGAGGCUUGAUAUGAUCAAUACAAUAAUGAGCACAGGAGGGUGGGAGAAGGUAGAAACGUGCUCAUUCUAGCAUACCAGACCAGAGGAUUUGACAUGUCAGGCUGUUGCUUUCAACCUCAAACGUGAAGUUAGUUUUGUGUCUGCAGAGCUUUGCUACAGUCUAUUGGGAUUCCAGUUUAACCCUUUUUAGAUAUUUACAUAUGUAAUUGAGCGCUGUAGGCGCCAGAAGCCUUUGUGCUGAGCAGGCUCCUAUACCUAAAACAUAUCAAUCGAGUGCAAAAUACUUUGUAAAGUCUGUUUCUGUCAUAAUCACUGUCCUAAUGUGUGGUCUUUUAUUUGAGGAUUGGUAGAUGAACUGUAAUUUAUUUUUGUGAUCUCACUGGAAAUUAACAAUGUAUUAUUUGUUUUAAUCAAUGCAAUAUGUUUGUGCCAGUGUCUAAAUCUUUGGCCGAACAGUCAGAAACCUGGACGGAAUCCCUGUAGCUUCGGUUGCCUUCACACAGGACUCAUUCAGAGUCACUGCCAAAAACCAGCUGAGGUUGCACUUUAUUUUGCAUAUUUACUUGAAGUAAUUUGGUACUACUUGUAGAGUAAUUAGAGGGAUACAUUAGUCAGCGCAAUGGAUUGAUAAUUAUUAGUUUGAGCUGUCUUUUAAAGGUGGAAUUCCUGUCACAUACAAAUAAAAUUCUUAAUUUUUUGAGGACAUUUGAGUGGACAAGUGGGCAGUAAGAAUGUAACAUGUCAUUUUUUUUAUUUUGGCCUGGAUUUGUUGACAUUUAGUCUUAUUGGCACUAUUAAAAGUAUUCUGAAUGCGCUAUUAGCUGCUCCCGUUAGCAGUGGGUACACUGUGAUACUGUAGAAAACUUUAAAAGAUGAUUAUUCUCAGGCAAGUUCUGCAGCGUCAUUUUUCCACAGAUUCCUGAGAGAAUUUAUGGACCUUUAUUUUUGAAUGAACAAAACCUUCUCUUUCUGUAUCCCGCCUCCCCUUCAGCACUGGCUCCUUGAUCCUGAGGCUUUUGUCUUUCUCUGUGGUCGGUGUCCCACUGAACGUCCACGUUUGUCACAGGCCAUCCUGUCGUCACCAUGGUUACAAUGUCCUUCAAAGAUGACUUGCAUUACCGUGUAGCUUGCAUACCUGGCCUCCCCCUGUAAUGUUGAUCUGUUGUCCUGGUGAGACGUUUUGAGUUCCUCAGUGAUAACCAUGUUAGUCCUUGGUAAAGGACUAGGUAUUUUAUGAAAAUAAACACGCUUUUCCUCACGUUGUCCCAGUGCAGAUGUUAACUUUUCCCAUUCCUUUACGAGCAUUCAGCAGGUUCUCACAGUACUGAUGUUUUUAUAUAUCUUAAUAUUUUCUCAAUUUAAUGGCCACAAAAAUGGAUGAAUAAAACUCAAAUUCUU